GAUGAGAUUGCUGUAACUAGCUCACGAUGGAGACAUCCCGAUCAAGCUGUCUUCCAGCUAUCGCCUUGAUACUUGCACUGCUGACUGCGAUAUCUCCCAGCCAAGGUCAGAGCUCUCCUAGCAGCGAAUCCUCGAAUUCUUCGCUCAACGCUUCCAACGCCACCAAUGUUUCAUACCCAGCGAUGCUUCCUAACCCGUGGGCAAGAGCGGAUCCAGGAAGCUGCUUCGUCCUGCCAGUGACAGUGGGAAGGGAAACGAUAUUCAACGUGUCUGUCAACGCCACCGAUGCCUACCCGGUGAUCGAUUCGACCUUCGGAGCUCCGACAGGGUCGUUCUUGUCACAAGUGAGGACGGAGAACGGACGCAACGUGAGGACCUUUCAGUAUCAAGCGCUGCAUGGACAGGAGGGAUAUACAUUCAAGGUUUGCUUCUUGACGAUGGCUGCUGGCUCCUCCUCCUCCUCCCCGUCCUCCCCUUCCUACUGCACGUCAGGGCCCAUUACAUCCUUGCCGUCCUCGG